CUAAGCAACUUAGAGAGAUCCUGUCUCAAAGGAAAAAAAAUUAAAAGGGCUGGGAUGUGGCUCAGUGGGUAAGUGCCCCUGGGUUCAAUCUCUGAUACUGAAAAAUAAAAAAUAAAAUAAAAUUGGCGAUUUUCAAAGUCAACUAAAAGCAAGUGAAGCAGGCUAAGUGUGCAGGGUUUGUCCAGGCUUUCCCUCUGUUUCACGCUUGUCCCCUUUCCGAGGACCUGACACCUUCUCAGGUGUGAGAGGGAGGGUAGGUGGAAUGGACACCAUCUCCCAGGGGUCUUUGAUCUGACACAGUUGUACUUCCACCCACCUGCCCUUGGUCAAAGCAAACCACAAGGCCAGGUGCAGUGUCAAGUAGCGGGGAACAUCACUCAGUCCCUGAUAAAACCAAGGGCAAGGGUCAGGGAGCUGCAGGCACUGAGAGGUCAGCACAUCAGUCUACCCAUCAUCAUCAGUUCAGAUCCAGCUGUCUGCCUUCACAAAGCCUUCCUGUGACACUGCUGACCAGAGGGCUCCCUCCUGUCUGCAGAGCUUCCAGCCUAGACCACUAACCCAUGUUGGCCCUCAGAAAACAAGACCCCAAAAUCUAUGGCUUCCGACUUCAAACCAAGAGUGCCUGACAGGCAGAACAAGCAGGGGUGGGCGGUCUCCUGUGUCCCUGCCUACCUGAAAGUCGUCUUCAGCUGUGAAUCCUUGUCCAGGUAGCUCGUCAACUGCAGGGCCUGGUCAAUUCCUGCUCUCCUGGUGUGUGGACUCCUCCGAAGGAUGCGGGAUUCCUGCAGCCCCAGGACUGCCGGGAGCUCACCUGCUGGGUAGCAGUCAGAACCCCACCAGCAGCCUGUGGACACUCACCCCACCUGCCCCAGACUUGGCCCUGGACUUCCAUUUCCCAGUUUACACAGAUCGGUAAGAAACAGCCCCAAGACCAGUCUUGAGAACAGUGGGCAACUGGCCUGAAAAGUUCAUUUCUGGGAAAUACUAAAUGGCCGAGGCUCUGGAUGACUCGCAUCAGCAUCCUGCUGCCCAGCAAGGUCAGAGAUGGCAGUCUUCCGGAAAUCCUGCCUCCCCAGGUGUCUGCUCACGCUUGCGCUCCUGCAGCUGCCCACGCUGGAUUCAGCUCGCUUUGACGUGAUCGGGCCCGCGGAGCCGGUCCUGGCCGUGGUGGGAGCGGACGCGGAGCUGCCCUGCCACCUCUCCCCGAAUGUGAGCGCGGAGCACAUGGAGCUGCGCUGGUUCCGACGCACUCGCUCGCCCGCCGUGCUCCUGUACCCGGCGCCGCCGGAGCGGGAGCGCGAGCGGGAGCUGAUGCCCGAGUUCCGCGGGAGGGUGACGCUGGUGCGCGACCACCUCGCCGCGGGGCGCGCGGCCCUGCGGAUCUGCGGCGUCCGGGCCGCAGACGAGGGCGAGUACCGGUGCUUCUUCAGGGACAAUGCCAACUACGACGAGGCCACAGUGCACCUCCGAGUGGCAGCUCUGGGCUCCGACCCUCACAUCACUGUGGAAAUUCAGGAGAGCGGAGCGGUCCGGCUGGAGUGCAGUUCCAUGGGGUGGUACCCAGAGCCCCAGGUGCAGUGGAGAACUACCAAGGGAGAGACGUUCCUGUCCACGGCAGAGUCCAGGAGUCCUGGCGACAAAGGCCUGUUCACUGUGGCAGCCUCAGUGACCCUCAGAGACAACUCCACGGACAGUGUGUUCUGCAGCAUCCGGAACCUCCUUCUUGACCAGGAGAAGGAAGUAGGGAUUUCCAUUCCAGCUCCUGUACCCCUGAGGCUGAAUCCCUGGAUGGUGGCUGUGGCUGUCAUUCUCGUGGUCUUAGGACUGCUCACCGUUGGAUCCAUGGUUUUCAUUUGGAAAUUGUACAAGGAGAGAUCCAGAGAGAGGAAGAGCAAAUUCAGCUCCAAAGAGAGACUCCUGGAAGAGCUCAAAUGGAAAAAGGCAGCCUUGCAUGCAGUUAAUGUCACUCUGGACCCAGACACAGCCCACCCCCACCUCUUUCUGUAUGAGGAUGCAAAAUCUGUUCAGCUGGAAGAUUCACGCCAGAAGCUGCCCGAGAAUCCGGAGAGAUUCGACUCCUGGCCGUGCGUGCUGGGCCGAGAGGCCUUCACCCAGGGGCGGCACUACUGGGAGGUGGAGGUGGGAGACAGGACCGACUGGGCCAUCGGCGUGUGCAGGGAGAACGUGAGGAAGAAGGGAUUCGACCCCAUGACCUCCGACAACGGGUUCUGGGCUGUGGAGCUCUAUGGGAAUGGAUACUGGGCCCUCACCCCUCUGCGGACCCCUCUCCCCUUAGCAGGACCCCCUCGCCGCGUGGGGGUCUUCCUGGACUGCGAGGCGGGAGACAUCUCCUUCUACAGCAUGACGGACGGAUCCCACAUCUACACUUUCCCCAGCCUCUCUUUCUCUGGCCCCCUCAGGCCCUUCUUUUGCCUAUGGUCCAGUGGUAAAAAACCGCUGACCAUCUGCCCCGUCACGGAGAGGCCUGCGGGGGUCGCAGUCAUCUCUGAAGCCCAGGACCUUUCCAAGGACAUCCCGCUGUCCCGGGUCGGGGAGGACUGCGCCUCGGGGGACACAGACACGCCCCGCUCCAAACUCAUCCCCGCGCAGCCCAGCCAAGGGCUCGGUGCGGAAUGACCUGCUCGCGGCCUUCCUCCGCCCUGCUGGCCUGCAGCCCUCGGGAGGUGGCGCCUGAGGGAGGCGGGCAUAGGCGUCCCGGCUGCUCUGUACCACACGGGGGACGGAGAGUGACCCCUGAGCAGCUGCUCCUGUCGCUGAAGAUCAGAACCUGGGGAGGGACUUGGAGGAAACCCCAAGGACAGCUCGGGGGUGGGUCAGGUCCACACAGGGUGUGGCAGGAACUUUCCACAGAGUAAAGGAGUUGGUUUUAAGCAAGCAGAAAGCCCAGGGGUUCUGGGAAAGGGGGCUCUUGGGCUACCAUCCAUGAAGAAGGCCGGAGAGGAAGUGAUGAUGGAAGGAAGUGAGGGCAACACUGGCCCUGCCCCGACUCUUCAGUCCGUACCUCACUUUUCUAAACGG